GCGGCCGCUGGGUUUGCAAGGCGCAAUCCAAGAGGGAUUUAAGCAGCCCGGAGCUCCUAGAAAAGGAGCGAGAGAGAACCACUCUCAGAGACGGUUUAGCGGUUAGCCUAAAUUAAAUAUAUAUUUUUUUGAAAGAACUGUUGAGUUUUAUCAUUUUCCUUAAGUGACGGUGCACAGCGCUAUAACUGCAAAAUGGGGAAACAGAACAGCAAACUGGCCCCAGAAGUCAUGGAGGACCUGGUGAAGAGCACCGAGUUUAAUGAGCACGAGCUGAAGCAGUGGUACAAGGGCUUCCUCAAGGAUUGUCCAAGCGGGAGGCUGAACCUCGAGGAGUUCCAGCAGCUCUAUGUGAAGUUCUUCCCCUAUGGAGACGCCUCCAAGUUCGCGCAGCACGCCUUCCGCACCUUCGACAAGAACGGGGAUGGCACCAUCGACUUCCGAGAGUUCAUCUGUGCCCUGUCCAUCACCUCCAGAGGCAGCUUUGAGCAGAAACUGAACUGGGCUUUCAACAUGUAUGAUCUGGACGGUGACGGCAAGAUCACCCGGGUGGAGAUGCUGGAGAUUAUCGAGGCUAUCUACAAAAUGGUGGGCACUGUGAUCAUGAUGAAAAUGAAUGAGGACGGCCUCACGCCUGAACAGCGAGUGGACAAGAUCUUCAGCAAGAUGGAUAAGAACAAAGAUGACCAGAUUACACUGGAUGAAUUCAAAGAAGCUGCAAAAAGCGAUCCUUCCAUUGUAUUACUUCUGCAGUGCGACAUUCAGAAAUGAGCUGAUGUCAAUGCUAUGGACUGCACAGAAGUCUUGAUGUUCCAUUCAGUCUGCAGCUAUACACACACACACACACACACACACACACACACACACACACCACACCACACCCCCACACAAUUGCUUGGACUACCUAUAAAUGGACUUGCUUCUUGUGUUUGAAACACUUGUGUGCAUGAGAAUGUCAUUUGCUAAUGAAUUUUAAAAGCAUAUAUUAUAAAAACAAAUCCGACAACCUGCCACAAUGUGAUAUGUGUAAUAUCAUUUCAUUAAAAUACAUCUUCCUCCAAAGCCUGGGCAGAAGCGUGCUGCAAAGAAUUCUAUGAUUUCUUGUACAUGUUUUGCUAAUGCUUGUGUCCCUUGAUUAUAUAAUAUUAGUAGCACUGAGACCCCACCACCACAGUAAUGUAACUUAUUAUGGGCUGCAUCACCAUUCUCCUGUAAAAUAGUACUGGACAGACACACAGGAGGGGCCCUUGGCUCCCUGUCUGGCCCACACACAGCUUGUAUUAUCAGUGAAUAUAAAUGUACUACAUUUGCAUGCCUUUUGGGUUUGCCUUAAUUCUUACCUCAUUUGUAACCUCUCAAUCUGGAAAGAGCUGUUUUGGAUGAAUGCAGUAUACAACUUAAAAAUCCUGCUCAACUAUUCAUUAAGUAUAACUAUAUA